CUUAGCACAGGUCAAGUGACCCUCAUAUCUCCUAGCAACAGGGUCUGUCAACAGUAGAUAUGGGCCCUAAAUACUACUGAGACUAAAGACUUCUUCGUUUCUCAUCCAUCUGAACAUUAUUUAGCCUGUCAAUCUGGACCCCUAAAAGCAGUAUUUGGAAUUAAAAGGACAUUUUUUUUCCGCUGGAGUCCAUUAUCUGGCAGCAACAUGCCAUCCAGGUCUCAUACAAGGUUGAUGCAUUACACCUCCAACAUAUCGCAGCAAACCUCUAAAAGAGCCGUGCCGGCUCGUUCACUGCGUACACAGACCGGGUACACUAACCGCUGGCAGCUGACAGGUGCUGUGGGCUGUGACCUGUUGGGCCAGGCACAGUUGCAGCGGGCAGAGGAGUUUGCUAUUCAGUUAUCGGAUAGGAAAAUCAAAUCAGCUGACCCCAUGGCACUCCGCUGGCACGAGGACACCACUGGCUGCCCACAAUCCCCUUUGCCACGACUGGUUCGCCCGCUGUCAGCCAGCCAACGCACCAGUCUCUGCAAAGAUGUCACAUGGCCUUCAACGCUUGGAAUUCCAGAGAAAGAGUUUUACAGUCUCUCUCGCAGAGUGGUCUGCAAAGCUAAACCAGAUGCAGUGUUAGAGUGCCUGGGGAGCAGAUGGGAGUUACAUUGCCCCUUCCUAAACAAAUCAGACACGUUAUUCAAGCUGUAUACCAACAUCAAGAGGCAUAGAGAUGUUCAACAACAGGAGAGAGCAGCGAGUGGUCAGGGCAGCAGAGCUGGAAGUUCUCUGUGCAGGUAUGACAGAGGUCUGGUUUACAGUAAGGAAAAUCUCAGUGGCCCAUUGACUCUCCGGCUGGCUGUCAAAGAUUCCUCCAUCACUAAAGAGGCUCUGUCAUUUGUCCUGCGGAUGCUCUAUGACCCCGAGGAACAGCCGGAGGAAUGGGGAGAGGGUGUGAUCUCUGCCGCAACCUUACUGGGGAUGUCAGAUCUCUUCCAAAAGUGUCUUAGAGAGAUGACGACAAAUAUAUCAUCCUCGACUGUGUGUAGCUUUCAUGAGGUGUCCUGUAAGUUUAAAGAAACAGGCCUCCAGAGAUUGUGUGAGCAUUGGCUGGAGCUGUUCUUAGUGACCGAUCUCUCCUGUCACAUUAAUCUCAAAGACUUGCCCUUUGACCUCAUGCUCAAGACCUUACAUAGUCCAAGGUUGUUUACACUUAGUGAGUAUGAUCUCUCGAGGACAGUACUGCAUUGGCUGUACCUGCAGUUAAACCCACUUAAACAAACCUUACCUGCACACAGCACUGUCAUCAACUUCUUCUCCAGGGAAACAGGUGUUUUCUUGGAACAGCCUCAUGGACAAAAAUACAUCACAAUCUUUCAAGCUCUUCGACUCCAUGGCAUAACUGAAUGGCAUCAUUUACAGGAGCUGCACAACAUCAGAGUGUUUCCUGAAGCCUGUUUACUGCAUAUUCUGUCCAAUCAUUACCACACUCUUUACAGCGGUGGUGACAUGGCCAUAACUGACUUCUCCAAACAAGCAGUCCGGUUUGGAAUGUUGGUUGAUAAGGAACAAGAGAGCUGUAUUCAAACCAUCAGCCUCUACGGCUUUUAUUUUCUACUCAAAGCUGUUAACAUGGGCGAAUCAGAUACAUACAGCUUCUCCAUUGAGAGAUUGAGACACUGGGACACCGCUGUGUCACAGUCUUCAAUAGCAACUCGCCCAUUCUGUAUGAGGUCUGAUAGAUCAGUCUGUUACCAAAUCACAGUGCAAACCUACAUUAACAGUGAGUUUCAGGAGCACAGCAGUGGAGCUGUCAAUCAAGAGUUUGGCUUAUUUAAACAUCGCAGCAGGAGCAAGCCAUUUCACAUUGAAGGACUUUCUCCACCUAUUCUGGUGACCUUUGCUCUGGCAUUUCCAUGAAGCCUCAACAGUUAAAUAAAACUGACAUUAAUCCAUUAUAAGGGUAUAGGUUAUUGACUAUUGUUAAAAUGCUUUUUUUGUUAUAAUGAUGAACUAAAUAUGGGGGACGGUUGACAGCUAGUGUUUUAAUAAUGCACUUAGGGUCACUGAAAUAAAGACAGCUAAUCCACAUGCUUAAUAAAGUAUGUUUGAUUAAAUGCAGUAUUUAAAUGCUUAAGUAAAAAAAAUUAGAUGUUUAAUAUUAAAUAUAAACCAAAAACUUGAAAUUAUGAAAUGUAGUGGAGUAAAAAUUAUGAUAAUAUGCUUUGGAAUGUAUGUUUUCCAAAGAAAAACAAGUAGUGUCCGCCUUUGAUUGUGGAAGCCCUUGAACAAAAAAGUUUGGAGACCCAUGCAGUAUACAGUUGAGUAACCUGCACAAUUUGCUACUGUAUAUGUAGUGUAUUUUCUUGUUUUUAAAUGCUUUUAAAAUCUUAAUCUUAAAUCUUAAAAUAUUUCAGUCAGGUGACUUUUAAACAGGGGUGUAUAUUUAUGUUGUGCUAUUACUUUUCUUAAAAUGUAGACAAUAACAAUAAAUAUUUUUGGUGGACCUGAGUCAAAAUUUAAAGUAAAGAUAAAUUUGCCAAUGAGUUGAUGUUUUUCAGUUUCAAGAAAGACACAGUAUUAGAAUAUUGCCUGUUGCUGAGGGUUGAUGCUAAUGCAACAGAAUAAGGAAAUAGGCAAUGCAGAAUUGAUAGUGACUACUAUGUCUGGAGUGAAGUACUAGAAACUGCCUACUUUUUAUGUUAUGUAAAAGUAUACUCUAAGAAAGGAUGUGUUAAUUUUUUACACAUUUUUUGUGUUAUGCUUUUAACACAUUAUGUGUCAUUUUGUGUUAAUUUUGUAUUAAAAUAAUAACACAGAUGUGUGGAUUCUGAGACAACGCAUUUAGUGUACAUACAUUUAGUAUACAUACUAUAAUAUGCAAUGUCAAAAAAUUCCAACAGUAAAAUUCAAUUCAAAUUUA